GAACAAGGGGCACUGGUGCAGCAGCAUUUAAGCUUUGGAGAACUUGACACGUGGGGACGUGCAAGGCAACCCAUUUAAACGAUUUAAAAAAAGAAAAAAGGACGUUGGUUUAAAAAAAAAAAAAGAAGAAAGAUGCUGAAUGCCUGGAUCUUCAUUUUAAGCUUCUGUUUUGCUGUUGGGGAAGGGUACGUAGCCGGCAAGAGGCAGUAUCAGAUUCAGAACGGGCCGUGCAGCUACACGUUUCUUCUUCCCGAGCAGGAGACGUGCCCCCCGAGUAGCUACGGCAACCAGGUGCAGAAAGACGAUCCGGCUGAAUACGAGGAGUCGCUACAGAGGCUGGAGCAGUUGGAGACCAUCAUGGAGAACAACACGCAGUGGCUGCUCAAGCUGGAGAGCUACAUCCAGGAGAACCUGAGGCAAGACAUUGUCCAACUUCAGCAUGACACUGUGCACAACCACACGGCGGCCAUGAUCGAGAUCGGCGCCAAUCUCCUGAUUCACACGGCCGAGCAGACGCGAAAGCUCACCAGUGUCGAAGCGCAGGUUAUAAACCAAACGACGCGGCUUGAACUUCAGCUUCUUGAGAAUUCAAUCUCAACGAAUAAACUGGAAAAAGAUAUUAUCCUGCAGACAAAUGAAAUAACUAAACUCAAUGAUAAAAACAGCUUCCUGGAAAAACGGGUGGAGGACAUGGAGGGCCAAAGGCAAGCGGAGCUGAAGAGUCUGCAGGAGGAGAAGGAGCAGCUGAAGAAGCUGGUGGAGAAGCAGACGGGCAUCAUUGAGGAACUGAAGCAGCAACUGAAGCGCGCCUCUGAGGAUAACACGGCCCUGCAGCUACAGCAGAAUGAGCUGGCAGAGACAGUCAACAACCUCAUCCAAACCAUCAACAUCCCCACCCCAGAUAAAUCAGCGAUGAUGCAGGACACGCCUUCACAGUACAAAGACUGCGCUGCCAUCUUCAAGUCCGGAAACAGAGAAAGUGGAGUCUACACGCUAACGAUCCCGGACACAAAAGAACAAAUAAAGGCGUACUGCGACAUGGAAACAGAGGCAGGUGGAUGGACAAUAGUGCAGAAGCGAUUCAGUGGCCUUGUUGACUUUGAUCAGACGUGGAAAGAAUACAAAAUGGGGUUCGGAGACACUUCAGGUGAACACUGGCUGGGUAACGAGUACAUCUCCAAGCUGACUAACGAGCAGCAGUACGUGCUGAGGAUAGAGCUUACAGACUGGGACGGGAACACUGCUUUCUCCCAGUAUGAUGAAUUCUCCCUGAACAGUGAAGAGCAGAAGUACAGGAUACACCUUAAAGGCUACAGUGGAACUGCGGGUAAAAUCAGCAGCCUUGCCCAGCCAGGAAAUGAUUUUAGCACAAAGGAUGCAGACAAUGACAAAUGUGUUUGCAAGUGUUCACAGCUAACCACAGGAGGCUGGUGGUUCGACGCCUGCGGCCCUUCCAAUCUCAACGGUGUAUACUAUCAGCACGGGCAGCACACCAGUCGCUUCAAUGGUAUCAAAUGGUACUACUGGAAAGGUUCUGGAUAUUCACUAAAAGCGACAACUAUGAUGAUAAGACCGGUGGAUUUCUGAGGAGCAAAUGGGGCAAAUAGUGAUGCAACAACAUUUUCAAAACUGAUCUGGCACCUUACUUUUUUGAGGGGGGAAAAUGCUUGACCUUUAUCUACAUGUUGAGCAAGAAAAGCCUGCAAAGAAGAAAGCACUUGAAAGAAACUUACAGAUUUAAAACAAAAGUAUUAAAUCAGUAAGCACAUGCGAUGAACAUGUACAAAAUUAAGUCUAAGUAUGAGGAUGCGGCACAAAGUAUGCGCAAGUACUGUUAAAGAAGGCCUUGCAUGGGUUGUGCACCUAUGAACCGAGUGGUUUAAUACGGUUGCCUUUAUUCCUUAUGCAAACAACAAUGUGGUCAAAUGUAAUAUUUGUUUAGAGAGUUUAUAUUUCUGAACGUCUUGUUAAUAUACAACUGUUACUUUGAUAAGGUUUGAUAUAGAAAAUGCAACUAUGGUACAAAGGUAAAGGAGAGUGAAUGAUGUAGAAGAGUCCUUACACUAACAAAGCAAAUGGAAAAGAUGUCCUUUUGUUUACAGCGGUCUAAUGAUGUGCAGAUUUUUGUCAUUUUAAGACUAUUUGCAAUUUUUCAAUAUAGUUCUGAAACUUUUCCGCAGACAUUUUUAAAAAGAAACGACUAUAUUUUGCACAGCAUUUGCCUCGUCGUAAGUUAUGAAAACCCUUACAAGCACUGUCGGUGCUUGGCCCCCUCAAAAUAUGUUUUAGCAUAACAGGUGCACAUGAUAUAUUUGUUCACAUUGAAGAAAAAGACCGUACAUGACUGUUUAUUUCUGAAUAUGGACUACAGAAAUAUUUCACAGAGAACAAUCCAUAGUUGGAUAGUUUACUUCUGUGACCAGUUUUAAUCAAUUCAAACAUUUAACACAACUCUCAGAGAACACUGAUAAUGGAUAAUUGCAAAUCAGUUGUUGUUUUUUGUUUUGUUUUUUUUUAAAUUGGAAGACAACUCAUCAUACUAUCAAUACCAAAUCUUCAGCUAAGGUGCCAAAAGGACUGCAUUUAUCACCAAUAGGUUGUGACUACACUUUACAUUGCAGAGGCAAGACUUUCUAUUUAUUUAUUGUUUUUUAAUUACAUAUAAUUCCUUAUUGGGGAACAAUGAGGUCUUAGUUUAAACUUUAAUGAAAUUUGUUUGUUGGUUUUUUUUUUCCAUUGAAGGCAUCAUGCAUAUCAUCAUACCAUGAAAAUUGGCAUUUAAAAGAAAUCUUAAUUACAUUAACAAAUUUGACUUACUAAAAGCUGAUUGAGAUGUUUUGGGAUAUUUAUUCGUUUGUAUUACACAUACUUAGCAAUAUGUUUUAAAAAGGUGUACAUUUGUUUGUCAAAAUGCCAUUAAAAAACAAAGUAAUGUUCAA